UACCAACUCCUGCAACAUCAAUCUCAUCAAAUAAAUAAAUAAAUAAAUAAAUAAACUGUGAGCAUUAAGUAGAAUACUGGAAGAAGCAACAAAAGGUUAUCAAAAUGUCUACUCAGAAAACAGACAUAGCCUUUGUUGGCCUAAUUAGCUUGAACUUGCUUAUCCAUGUCAGUCAAGCAUCCCCUACUUACAUCGGUCACGGCUGUACAAAUUCCACCACCGGCACUAUAACUCGAAAUUCCACCUACCUGUCCAACCUCAAUCUCCUCCUCUCAUCUCUUACCUCCAACGCCACCAUAGAAAACGGCUUCUACAAAACCGUCGUCGGCCGUGCUCCCGACGCAGUUAUCGGUCAAUUUCUCUGCCGCGGCGACGUCGACACGACCUUUUGUGGAGAAUGCGUAGCCAACGCGUCCAAAGAGGUUCUCCGGUGGUGUCCGCUGGAAAAGGGGGCGGUAAUUUGGUACGACGAGUGCUUGAUUCGUUACGCCGAGGGCUCUGUCUUCAUUCCUAACCCAGGGAUUGUGCCGGAGACGUACCUGUCGACCAAGCAAAAUGUUUCGGAACGCGAUUCGUUCGAGCAGUUGCUGUCUGGUGUUAUGGAUUCGCUGGCGACGAGAGCCGCGAAUUCCGAGUCCGGCAAGAAGUUCGCGACCGACGACGUGAAUUUCAACAGUACACUGACGGUGUAUAGCCUGGCUCAGUGCACGCCGGACCUGAGUGCCGAAGACUGCAACACGUGUUUGAGGAGCUCCGUCGCUUGGUUUCCGUCGUGCUGCACCGGGAAACUAGGUGGGAGGAGUAUGCUGCCCAGCUGUUUCGUCAGAUAUGAUGUGUACCCCUUCUACAUCGCAGCAGCGUCUCCUAUUGCUCCAGAAAAAGGAAAAAGCUCGUCAUUAACGAUCAUUGCCAUUGUUGUGCCAAUUUCAAUUGCUGUGCUGCUCUUCCUGGUCGGCUUCUUGUUCCUGCGUAGAAAGGCAAAGAACAAAGACAUAGAUAAAUAUGUUCGCCAAGACAGUGUUGGAAGUGAAAUUAAUUCUCUCGAGUCCUUGCAAUUUGACUUGGAUACAAUUGAAGCUGCGACAAACAACUUCUCUGAUGAUAACAAGAUAGGGGCAGGUGGAUUUGGUGCAGUUUACAAGGGUACCCUUUCUAAUGGACAGAAGAUAGCCGUGAAGAGACUAUCAUGCAGCUCGGGCCAGGGUGCACAAGAAUUUAAGAAUGAGGCUUCGUUAGUCGUCAAGCUUCAACACAGAAAUCUAGUAAGGCUGCUAGGAUUUUGCUUGGAAAGAGAAGAAAAGAUAUUAGUUUAUGAAUAUGUGCCGAACAAAAGCCUUGAUUACUUUCUAUUCGACAAUGAGAAGCGAAGCCAGCUGGAUUGGACAAGACGGUACAAGAUUAUAACUGGGAUUGCUCGAGGAAUGCUUUAUAUGCAUGAAGAUUCUCGACUUAGAAUUAUACAUCGUGAUUUGAAAGCUAGCAAUAUUUUAUUAGAUGAUGACAUAAAUCCUAAAAUUUCAGAUUUUGGGAUGGCGAGGAUUUUUAUAGUGGAUCAAGUUCAAGGGAAUACUAAUCGAAUUGUUGGGACAUAUGGUUAUAUGUCUCCAGAGUAUGCCAUGCAUGGACAAUUCUCUGUGAAAUCUGAUGUGUUUAGCUUCGGAGUGUUGGUUUUAGAGAUUAUCAGUGGCAAGAAGAAUAAUGGUUUCUAUCAGUCACACGGUUCUGGGGAUCUCUUGAGCUUUGCAUGGGAACAUUGGAAGAACGGGACACCCUUAGAAAUGUUGGAUCCAACAGUAAGGCAUGCUUAUUCCAGGAAUGAAGUUACGAGAUGCAUCCAUAUCGGGUUGUUAUGUGUCCAGGAAAAUCCUGCAGCCAGGCCCACAAUGGCUACAAUAGUUCUUGUACUCAACAGUUACUCUGUUACACUUCCAUUGCCUCAAGAGCCCGCACGUUUCCAACGCAAUAGAAGACAGCCAAUCAAGCUGAUGAGGCCGCUGGACUUUGGUCAAUCUACCAGCCCUCCAGCGCCAUGGUCUGUCAAUGAUGAGUCCAUGAUUACUCAAGUAUACCCUCGGUAAUUCUAGACUUCCCCCCUCAUCGCCCGCGGCCCCCCCCUCCCCUUGUGUUUUUUAAGUUUGAUGGGCUCAUGCCUUAGAUGUGGUCUAGAGAUCAAUUAAGGUUGUUUACGAGUAUAAUUGUAAAAUAGAAGGAAAUGUGUUGAUUUUCUUCAGUUAACUGGUCAUGGACACUGGACAACGUGCCAGUGGUUGGGAUUUUAGGCUCGUAUAUAUUCGUUUAAACAAACAAUAAUUCUUCUUUUCGUUCAUAUAUUUUGAAACUCCAAAUAAAGGCUCUAAUUGUUUGCA